AAAUGGCUGCGAGGUGGCUGCUGCUGCUGCUGGCGCUCCUCGCCGCCCACACCGCGGCUCUUCCUGAUUUCAUCAGGAUAGGCGGGUUGUUUCAUCCGUCGGAUGACAAGCAGGAAGUGGCCUUUCGCUAUGCCGCGGAGAAGAUCAACGCCAACCGGGACAUCCUGCCCAAGUCUCGUCUGAGCGCUCAGGUCGAGGUGAUACAGCCACAAGAUAGCUUCCACGCUUCAAAACGAGCCAUUCCUAAUUAG